AUGAUGGUGCACUGUGCCGGCUGCGAGCGGCCCAUCCUAGACCGCUUCCUGCUGAACGUGCUGGACCGCGCGUGGCACAUCAAAUGCGUACAGUGCUGCGAGUGUAAGACCAACCUCUCGGAGAAGUGCUUCUCGCGCGAGGGCAAGCUCUACUGCAAAAAUGACUUCUUCAGGCGCUUUGGCACAAAGUGUGCAGGCUGUGCGCAAGGCAUCUCGCCCAGCGACCUGGUGCGCAAGGCCCGCAGUAAGGUCUUCCACCUGAACUGCUUCACCUGCAUGGUGUGCAACAAGCAGCUGUCCACGGGCGAGGAGCUCUACGUCAUCGACGAGAACAAGUUCGUGUGCAAGGACGACUACCUGAGCUCCUCCAGCCUCAAGGAGGGCAGCCUCAAUUCAGUGUCAUCCUGUACGGACCGCAGUUUGUCCCCGGACCUCCAGGACCCACUCCAGGACGACCCCAAGGAGACGGACAACUCGACGUCGUCGGAUAAGGAGACAGCCAACAACGAGAACGAGGAGCAGAACUCCGGCACCAAGCGGCGCGGCCCGCGCACCACUAUCAAAGCCAAGCAGCUGGAGACGCUCAAGGCCGCCUUUGCCGCCACACCCAAGCCCACGCGCCACAUCCGCGAACAGUUGGCGCAGGAGACCGGCCUCAACAUGCGCGUGAUUCAGGUGUGGUUCCAGAACCGAAGGUCCAAAGAACGCAGGAUGAAACAGCUGAGCGCACUGGGCGCCCGGAGACACGCCUUCUUCCGGAGUCCGCGGCGCAUGCGUCCGCUGGGCGGCCGCUUGGACGAGUCGGAGAUGUUGGGGUCCACUCCGUACACCUACUACGGAGACUAUCAAGGCGACUACUACGCGCCCGGAGGCAACUAUGACUUCUUCGCGCACGGCCCGCCGUCACAGGCUCAGUCCCCGGCCGACUCGAGCUUCCUGGCUGCGUCCGGACCCGGCUCGACGCCGCUGGGAGCGCUGGAGCCGCCGCUGGCCGGCCCGCACGCCGCCGACAACCCCAGGUUCACCGACAUGAUCUCGCACCCGGACACGCCGAGCCCCGAGCCGGGCCUGCCCGGCGCGCUGCACCCCCUGCCCGGCGAGGUGUUCAGCGGCGGACCCAGCCCGCCCUUCCCCAUGAGCGGCGCCAGCGGCUACAGCGGACCCCUGUCGCACCCCAACCCCGAGCUCAACGAGGCCGCCGUGUGGUAA